UGGGUCAAGCUGGCUGUGACAUCACUUCCUGUGCACACCUGUGUGAUGAACAGCGUGACGCCCAGGAUUUCAGUCUGUCUAGAAGUGCCGUCCAGUCAUGCAGGAACUGAUUGCGGGACUGGAGAAGUUCAAUUUUGACCUUGAGAGGGAUAUUCAAGGUCAGAGAGGAGCUCUUCUCCUUCCGUUCCAGGGCAUGGACAAGUCCGGUGUAGCUGUGUGCGACUACUACCUUAAAGGAAUAUGCCGCAAAGGGCCCAUGUGCCCCUUCCGUCAUCUUUGUGGGGAGAAGACCGUGGUCUGCAAGCACUGGCUGAGGGGUCUGUGCAAGAAAGGAGAUAACUGCGAGUUUCUUCACGUGUAUGAUAUGGGGCGCAUGCCAGAAUGCUACUUCUACUCCAAAUUCGGAGACUGCAGCAACAAGGAUUGUCCCUUCCUACAUAUCGACCCGGCUUCCAAGAUCAAGGACUGUCCAUGGUAUGACAGAGGAUUCUGCAAACACGGACCUGUGUGUAAGCACCGUCACACGCGCAGGGUAAUGUGCGCAAACUAUCUGGUUGGAUUCUGUCCGGAGGGCCCCAGGUGUAAAUACAUGCAUCCCAAGACAGACCUGAUUCUGUGCAGUUCAGACCACACGAAGAUUAGCGCUGGUUACCAGAAACACACCACCUUGUCGCCUUCGGGACAUGACCACGUGUCACAUCAGCCAGGCUUAAUGUUGGAGCUUCCUCAUCUCUCACACCUGACUGUGAUCAGCUUGAUGCAGGAGCGAUUCAGAACCAUGCAGGAACACACAUGUAAUGGGCUGAGACCCCUGGACCAAGUCACCUGCUUCAAGUGCGGAGAGAGAGGGCACUACGCUAAUAAGUGCAGUAACAGUCGCAUUGCCUUGAUGUUGAGAAAAUGCUGAGAUAGCGAGGAACCGAUGGACCCACCCACAAGUGUCAUUGCGCAAUAAUUUGUCGUUUUGGGAAAGGCUUGGACGAUUUCCAGAACUUCCAGCAGAAGUGACUAUUCUAAUUCUAGAUGUUCUUACUUGCCAGACUGAUGUUUGUAGACUAUAUCUAUACAAUGUCUAUUCAGAUUCAAUAAAGUGAAGAUAAUCACUACAUAGACCCCUUGGCGUGGCAUAGAGCAUGUGAUGUAAGGAGUUGAAUGGGGCAUCACCAUUCACUGUCACGCACUAAAAUAUAUUUAUUAAUAAAUGUUUUACUU